UGUCUGCCGGACAAAAGGCGAAUCUGUCUGACGGUGGAUUGAAACCCAAUUAGAAACAGAGGAGACAUUUUGGGAAAACUGUCAGUGUCCGUGUUCCCCGGCUCCCCCAGGCAAUACAUAUAUGGUGGAAUAAACGUCCGCGGAGGCUCUUAGACUGGAAUAUUAAGGAUGUUCCAGCAGUGUGAGGAGCCUCGUUUCACCAUCGAGCAGAUUGACCUCCUCCAGAGGCUAAGGAGGACGGGGAUUACCCAGGCCGAGGUCCUCCACGCCCUGGACACCCUGGACCACCUGGACCGCCAACAUGGACACAAGUUGACCCACAAACCUUCCUACAUGCCUCCCUCGUCUUCCUUGUCUUCUUCAAGUGCUGUCGCCGCUUCUUCCUCCAUGACUUCCACCGCCACUCAGACAAGUUUCCCGGACAACCAGCUCUCACUGUCACCUAAUAACAACUUCGAAACCACCUCCCUGCCUCUGCCAGUUCCAGUAGCCUCACCUGUCGUCAUAUCAGCGGUGUCUCAGAACGGUCUAGUUGCUGUCAGCAAUGGGAAGCUGUCACCACCCCGGUUUCCUCUUGGUGUGGUUAGUGGCAGUGUGGCAGCACCAGGCUACGGGUUUGAGGCCAGUGAAGAGGACAUAGAUGUUGAUGACAAGGUGGAAGACUUGAUGAGAAGGGACAGUGCUUUGAUCAAAGAGGAGAUUAAGUCCUUCCUGGCGAACAGGCGGAUUUCCCAGGCUGUGGUCGCUCAGGUAACGGGGAUCAGUCAGAGUCGCAUCUCCCACUGGCUCCUACAACAGGGAUCGGACCUCAGUGAGCAGAAGAAACGAGCCUUCUUCCGCUGGUACCAGCUGGAGAAGACCAACCCAGGUGCCACUCUGGCCAUGCGAGCUGCCCCACUGGCUCUGGAGGACGUGAUGGACUGGCAACAAGCUCCGCCCUCUUUUGGCGGCACCCCUGGGGGCUUCCGUCUGCGGAGAGGGAGCAGAUUCACCUGGAGGAAGGAGUGUCUGGCUGUGAUGGAGAGCUACUUCAGUGAUAACCAGUACCCUGAUGAAGCAAAGAGAGAGGAGAUUGCCACUGCCUGCAACGCUGUCAUUCAGAAACCAGGAAAGAAGCUGUCUGAUUUGGAGAGGGUCACAUCUCUGAAGGUCUACAACUGGUUUGCCAACCGUCGCAAAGACAUCAAGAGGCGUGCUAACAUUGAAGCAGCCAUCUUGGAGAGUCACGGCAUCGAGGUUCAAAGUCCAGGAGGGCAGUCCAACAGCGACGAGGUGGAUGGCAACGACUUCCCUGAUCAGGGUUGUGAGGUGUCCUUAUUUGACAAGAGAGCUGCAGCCAGACAGUUUGGUUUCGGUCGAGCUGACCUCUCCUCUCCAACCCAGGUUCCCACGCUGCUUCCCAGCUGGUUUUCCGCCCUGGGUAGAGGAGGCUUGUCCGGACAGAGAGGCACUUCUCUGAGUGGCCGCUCCCUGGUGACAGGGACGGGUCCUCAGGCAGAAGGUUCCAGGUUGACAGGCGUGGCCUGGUCUCCGCCGUCCCCUUCCCUCCAGGACGAACCCACCAUUCACAGCGUGCUGUCCGAGCCCCAGGACCCGGUCGGGUUGGAGAAGGCGACUGUCAAUCACAACAACCAAGCCCUUGCCGAUCAGGUGGAUGGGGCAGGGUGCAGCAUGGGGAAUGACAUCAAGACGGAAACGCUGGAGGAUGACUGAAGAGGGUGGUGGAUAUCGGAGUUGUCAGAGUCACAAAUAGAACAGGUGUGUUAAUAUGCAAGCAGAUUUUAUAGGAAUGUAAUAAGUGAAAAAAAAAAAAGACCAAAAGUCGUGUAAACGCCAAUCCUGA